CAUCUCGGCGCAAAAAAUACCGAAUCUUUUCUCUCUCUAACUCCGACGCUCUUCGAACUCACCUCCCUUCUCGCUCAGAUCUCCUUCCCCCCGCCCCGCCGGAACCCUAGAUCCCUCGCCGGAACCCUAGCUCCGCCACCGCCGACGACGAUGUCCCACGGCGACACCAUCCCCCUCCACCCCUCCUCCCAAUCCGACAUCGACGAGAUCGAGAGCCUCAUCAACGCCGCCCCUUCCGCCACCGUCCUCCCCGCGCGGCCCCCCUCCCCUCCCCGCGCCUCCAUCCCCGUCUCCUCCUCCCCCGCUCCUCCCCCCUUCCUCCCCGCCAAGCCCGCCACCGCCGGAGCUCCGCCGCUGCCGCCGCCGUCGCUCGGGGUCAACGUCGCCUCCGCCGCCGCCGCCGUCCCCCCCGGGGGGAGGCUCCAGGGCGGGAUCGGCGCCGAUGGCUUCGGAUCGGCGCCGAACACGCUCACGGAGCCCGUAUGGGACACGGUGAAGCGGGAUCUGUCUCGGAUCGUGAGCAAUCUCAAGCUCGUGGUGUUCCCCAACCCCUUUCGCGAGGAUCCGGGGAAGGCGCUGAGGGAUUGGGAUCUCUGGGGCCCCUUCUUCUUCAUCAUCUUCCUGGGGCUUACUCUCUCGUGGUCCGCUUCCGUGAAAAAGUCUGAAGUAUUUGCUGUUGCUUUUGCGGUCCUUGCAGCUGGUGCUAUAAUUCUCACUGUCAAUGUUCUUCUUCUGGGCGGGCACAUAAUCUUCUUCCAGAGCCUUAGCCUCCUCGGCUACUGCCUAUUCCCGCUGGACAUUGGAGCCCUAAUCUGCAUGCUGAAGAACAACGUCAUCAUAAAGAUCGUAGUGGUGACAAUCACAUUGGCGUGGAGCUCAUGGGCCGCGUACCCCUUCAUGAGCGCGGCCGUUAAUCCCAGGAGAAAGGCCUUGGCCCUCUACCCCGUCUUCCUCAUGUACGUCUCUGUCGGGUUCUUGAUCAUCGCGAUCGAUUAGUGCAUAAACAGGUGAUAAUUUUUACCUUGCUCUUUCAUCGGACCUUUAAGACGCACUCGAUAAUACCAUGCAAUGUUUUUUUUGCUCUCUCUUUGUCAUAUAUUUUGUUGACUUUGUUAGUCCACUCUCUCUCUUCUGUAGGGACAUUGCAUAUCUUCUUGGUCAUUAGUUGUAGAAUGUGGUUGAGAUUAGGGACAAAACUUAAGUAGGAAGCUCUCCAGCAAGAUCUGGUCGAGGCGCUUUCAAUUUCUUGCUAUGUGUCUAAACAAUAUGUAUCUUGAAAAAACAACUAAUGGAUCCAAAAUUAAUAAAGCGAAUCAGAUUUUCUUGCCGACCUCAUUAGUUGUUUCUUUGAGAUACUUGCUGUUUAGACACAUGACACCAGAUCGAGUGCUCCUCAACGAGGUCUCGCUGGGGAGCUCUCCACUUAAGUUUUGUCGAGAGAGAUUGGGUUUCUUCCUGUAAAGGACGUGUGGAAUACUUCUUAUUCUUUCUUAUCUUACUAUACGAGAAUCUACAGUUGCGAUCUUUUUUUCUCUUUGAUAAUCAUCACAUGGACACAUAUAAUUGGAGGCAAGUUUAGGAAUAUACAAUUAUUAUUGGAGAUUA